ACCAUGGUUACCUAAUCUUGCGUAAACGAUAUCAUAUAUAAAUAAGAAGAUAACUCCGUUGCAACUGUCAGUCGACUCUCAAAUUUCGUCGCGGAAAGUUACUUUCGCAUAUUACUAUCGUUAUAUAAUAAAUUUUUUUUCAACAUGGUAUACGUAAUCAUUUUGACGGCGAUCGUUGGCGCUCUAGGCCUUUAUUAUUAUUUCUUUAAAAAUUUGAUUUAUUUCAAGAAACAUGGUGUACCGUAUAAAACACCACUUCCUAUAUUAGGGAAUAUGGGACCAUCGAUCUUUCGUCUUCAAUCGAUAGCUGACCUUGUGAAGAAUACUUAUGAUUUACAUCCUGAAGCCAAAUAUGUCGGCCUGUUUGAUAUGAUAGGACCGCUCAUAGUAAUCCGCGACCGCGAUCUUAUUAAAUCUAUCGUCCUGAAAAAUUUUGACCUGUUCCCGGAUCGUCGCACUUUUAUCGAGGCACAUCAAGAUCCAUUAUUCGGCAAAAAUCUUUUCGCUCUUAAAGAAGAAAGAUGGCGGCAAGAACGCCCUUUAUUGACUCCAGCUUUUACGUCCAGUAAGAUGAAAAGUAUGUUCAAACUGAUGUCCGAAUACGGCGCUGAAUUUAGCAAUAAUUUGACACAAUUGCCGGCAGAGAAGAGGAAAGUCAUGGAUAUAAAAGAUGCCUUUACAAGGUACACAAAUGACGUAAUAGCUACUUGUGCUUUUGGCAUUACUGUUGAUUCUAUGAGAAACCCAAAGAACGAAUUCUAUGUUUACGGCAAGGAGGCGACCAAUUUCAACAAUGUUGCCUUCAUAAAGAUGUAUAUGUAUAGAAUCUUACCUUGGUUGGCACAAAUUCUUAAAUUAAGAAUUGUCCGUGAACAAAUUGCAAAUUUUUUUCAAGAUCUCGUAGAAACAACCAUAAAAAUUAGGGAUGAGAAAGGUAUCGUUCGUCCAGACAUGUUGCAACUGAUGAUGGAAUCUAGAGGUAAAGAGGGCAAAGAACUAUCUACUGAAGAUAUGGUAUGCCAGGCGUUCCUUUUCUUCUUUGGCGGCUUCGAUACCACUUCGACGUUAAUGUGUUUCGCCGCUCACGAAAUCGCGGUCAAUAUGGAAAUACAAAAAAAACUUCAAAAUGAGAUGGAUCAGGUCUUGGAAGAGUCCAAUGGACAAGCACCAUAUGAAAUGGUUAAUAAUAUGGAAUAUUUGGAUGCUGUGAUCAAUGAAGCUCUCAGAAGAUAUCCGAUCGCUUCAUCAUUGGAGAGAGUUUGCAUGAAAGAAUUUGAGUUGCCCCCUACAUUGCCAGGAAGAAAGCCUAUUACUAUAAAAAAGGGAGAUACCAUAUGGAUACCAGUUUAUGGACUUCAUCAUGAUCCACAGUACUUUGAAGAACCGGAAAAAUUCGAUCCCGAACGAUUUCUUGGUGAGCGGAAGAAAGAGAGUCUGAACUCUGGAGCUUACCUUCCAUUUGGACUAGGUCCCAGGAUGUGCAUUGGUAAUAGAUUUGCUUUAAUGGAGACGAAAGUUUUGCUGUUUCAUCUAUUGGCACGCUGCGAUUUGAAAACUUGUGAAAAAACACCGUCACCACUCAAACUUGCUAAUGACGGUUUCAAUAUGAGACCUGAAGGCGGCUUCUGGCUAAAUGUAUCACCGAGGGAAAAUAUUAAUCACACUGUUACUGUCAAUAAGACAUGUCAGAUCUAAAACUAAACAGAAAAUAACAAAAAACUAGAAAACAUAUAAGAGAUGCUGGAUCGUGUCUUCUUUGAGUUGGAAAUAGGAAAUUUGUCGCUGCAAGUACAGUUUCCACGUGCAAUAUUGUAUUUCAUAGGAACGAUAAUCUAGAUUCCAUUUUAUAAUCUUCGAUACAAUGCCACGUAUUUUCCGAAGGCAGAGAAAUUCAAACUUGAGAAAUUCUUUAAAUAAAAACAAAAAGUAUGAGUGUAA